AUGAAUAACGCCCCUGAUCACUCAAUGCCAGAUCACCUUUACAAUGGCCAAAGUUCAAGUCUGGCUAGUAGGUUCAGCUAUGUGCCUCCCAAUAAUUCACAGAGGACUCCAAACAGAGACUUGUAUUACCCAGAGAAUAAUAACAACGAUAUUCAACAGCUUCAGCAUCACCAAUUUACUCAGCAUCAUCCAUCAUAUGUCAAUUAUCCUCAGUUCAAUCAACCAAAUCAUCACCAUACACCAGUACAGAUCUUUCAUAAUUCACAAGGUGAUGAUAUUGAACAAAUAUCAGCAAAUGUUUUCCAUAGUCCCAAUCAAUUCCCAACCUCUGCAUCAUCUUCAAUGUCAAUUUGGGUGGAUAAUGAAAGUCGAAGCUAUUACCCAAAUAUUCAUUCUCCUCAACGUCCUCAUAGCAUACAAAGCUAUCAAAGUGUUAAUAGAAACAACAGACAAAGUGUUGUUACGCCUACUCAGCCAAAAAAUUACAUUAUGAGAAAUGAAAUCCAUCCUAAUUUCAACUCAAACUCAGCUUAUGAUCUUUCUUCAAUCCCAACAGGUCCUAAUAUACGGCAGGUCCAACCACCACCACAUCCUCCAUUAUCAUCACAACAACCGCAACCCAUGGUCCCAGCUCUCAAAAAGUCAGUUAUUGCAUUUGACAGAAAAACUCAUAAUAGAUGGGUUAUUGUUGAAAACAAAAGUUUUGAUUAUGUUUCAGAAGUACAAGAACGGACUAAAAAUGAUGCAAAUACGGAAUAUGUUAAACUCCUCAAAAAUGGUGAAGAUUACUUGUUGUUUAUAUUAAGAAUUGACCCAAGUAUUGCCUUGAAUUAUCACAUUUAUAACAAAAGGUACACAACUUGUCAAGAUAUUUAUGUUAAAGAACCUUCAAAAGUUUACAUAAAUGCUAUUUUCAAAAACAAGAGUAAAAAUAAGUUGAAAUUUAAGCCUGAAGAUGUUUCAAAGCUUUUUAGGGUUUUUGGUGAUGUUGAUGUUUCUACAGAGGAGGAUUGUUAUGUGUUAAAUGUCAAUGAAGCUGGGUUGAGCGGUAUUAAAAACAAAUAUGAUUCAAUUGUUAAGAGUGGAAGGUUGUUUCUAGAAAUUCCAUUAGAGACUGAACUUAUGACGUUGAUUCCAAUUGACGAAAGCUCUUCAUCUGAUGAAGAAUUUGAACAAGUUAUUCAUCCAAUAAGAACACAACAAACAACAUCAUCACAUAUUCUACAUCAUCCAAACAAACAGAGAAGAGUCAGAAGUCCCAGAAAAUCAUUUAGUAGAAAUAGUGAUGCUUCAAAAGAUAUCCAUGUGAUAUCAAGUGAUGAGGAAGAUGCGGCGAGUAGUAAGUCACCAAGCAAGAUGAGGAGAAUUGAAGAAGUGCUAUCUAAGAAACCAUCACAAAUUUCUAAUGAAGAAUUGAUUGAAGCAAUCAAAGAUAAUGAUGAGGAAGAUAUAAUGCUUGAUCAGAGAUAUCAGAUAGUUCGAAAUAAAGAAGAAGAUGAUGAAGAAGAGGAUGAUGAAAUUGUUAUGUCACACUCUCCAAUAUUAAGCUCAUCACAAUAUGUGAGACAGGAUCUAGAACCGAUUUCAAAAGUUGAAGACAACCAUCAUCAUAUACUCUCAGAUAAUGAAAAUGAAAAUGAAAAUGAAAAUGAUGUUGCUAUGGAUGAAAAAGAGAACACUUCGGAUGUUGAAUAUAUGCAUGAAACUCCAACUUCAAAAUCGCCAACCCAGGGUGCUCCUGAAUCACAAGUGAUUGAUACUGAUGAAGAAGACGCUGACCAAGAAGUUGAUAACGAUGACGACGAUUCAUAUACCGAAGAUGAGUUAAUUGAAGAAGAUCAUAGACCUAGAACGAGGAAAAACAAUAAUGACGUGGUGGAAAUUCGUGAUCAUGAAGAAUAUAUUGAUCUGCAAGAUUCUGAUGAUGAUGAUGGCAAUGAUCAUGAAGGUGUUUAUGAAGAGUUUUCUAAAGACCAUGAUUUCAAAAUUGCUGAUGCCACUUCGAAGUUUUUAAUAUUAAGAAUGAUACCUAAUUCUGAGCUGCUUUUAUCGAGGUUUAUUGAUGACGUUUUAUUAAGACUGGCUACUUUGAAGGUCAAUGUUGUUGAUAUCCAUGUCAAUAGUGUACAUCGUGAAGCGCUUAUUGAGUUCCAAAGGAAAAUUGGACUUAUUAAAGCCUUGAAACAUUUACAUGGCUAUAGAUAUUCAGAUGAUAUACUAACUGCUGUUAUUAGCGAUGAAGGGUAUGCUAAGAAAUUUAUUGCUAAAUCAGAUUACCAUUUUGUUAUACGUCCAGGAAAAAAAUGA